AUGAAGGACAAUAGACUAUAUAUAAGGGUACAAAAUAUUUAUCAUAUAACUUUUUUAUGUGAGAACCCCUGGAAACAUCUACAUUACGGUUUUAUAAGACGAAUAAUUACAUUACAGUGUUGGGGUCUUGGUUUGAUUACAUCCCUGAAGGUGUCAGACAGACUCCUAUGCAGUAUAGCUGCAGGCUUUAUUGAGGAGUGUAGGGGGGCCGACUCGGACCUCGCGGAGAACCUUGAAAGUUCGGAACUUCUGCUCAAUUUAGCAAAACAAUCGAAGACGAAGCACGAAAACAAUUCCAACAAGGCUUUUCAACGUGCAGGCUUGGCUGCUCCAAUUGAGAUUUCAAUGGUAGAUGUUGGUUUCAAAUACAAGCUCCCUAUCCUCAAAGUGACACACUUCAUGCAAACCCUUGCUGAUCACGGGAAGCUACCACUACUUUGGGGAUCCCGAAGUCUUGUAUCCCGGACGGAUAUCUUGCCGAAGUUCUGGCGUCGUUUUCGAGGCUACGAUCCAGAGCAUACAGUUUUCGCUGCCCAUGGCCAACAUUUGGAUCGCGUGCUGCCGCUGCAAUUGCAUGCGGACGAAGGACAGACCCUUAAGAAAUCUGCUGUCAUGGUGGUUGCGUGGCAGUCCCCACUUGGUUUUGGAACUUCCGUUGAGGAUGAUGUCGAGGCUGCUAUGCACUUGAACUUUAUUGGGAAUUCUUAUGCUACAAGAUUCUUACUCGGUGUUUGCACCAAGAAGACUUACCAAAAGAAGAAAGGCCAUGUUCUUGACUGCAUUAUCGACAUCCUUGCAAAAGAGCUAUACGACUUGUUCCAUGAUGGUAUCUGGUUAAGUGUUGGGAACGAAAAAGUGCAGUUCUGGGUCGCAACCUUGGGGCUGAAAGGGGACUGGCCUAUCCAAGCUCGUUUGGGACAUCUCGAGCGCCACUUCGCGCGUAAGGGCGUCUACCAAGUCUCUUCUGCUACAAGUGGGUUCUGUCACCUAUGCCGCGCUGGGGAACUGAAUGUGCCUCCGUUUGAGUAUCACGCUGAAGCAAAAUGGCGGGAUACAUACCUUACAUCAACCCCGUGGAGUCGUCCUGGCCCGCUUUGCCAAAUUCCACCAUCCCCAAGGAAGGAGUUCUUCCAUAAAUUCGACAUAUUUCAUUGCCUUCACAAAGGAUGCUUUGCAGAGCUUGCGGGAAGUGCCAUCGUUGCGCUGACGGAUUACCACAUGACAGGCCCUGGCAACUUUCAAUUGCAACUGGAUCGCAUCUAUGAGCUUCUCCGCGAAUUUUCUGCAAGAACGAAGACCCCGCUACACAUGGAUGGGCUUACACGCAACAUCCUGGCCUUCCCUGGUGACUACGAGUAUCCUGUGGGGUCAUGGUUCAAAGGGGCUGAUACCUCUUGUGUAUGCCUUUUCUUCGAAGAGUAUCUGGAGAAGAAGCUGCCGGACAUUGCAAAUGAUGAUUUGGCCUAUUUCUCAAGCAUGCUUGAUGCCUUUCAGAGUGCAAAUGCAUUCUUGAGAGUUCUCUACAAGAGCGGCCUUUGGUUAUCGCAGGAUCGUUGCCGUGCUGCUGCACAAGCGGGGUUGGAUUUUGUUCGAUCUUACCUGGAGGUAGCUGCCACGGCGCAUGCUGCUGAGCGCACGCGUUUCAAGUUAACGCCGAAAUUACAUGCGAUGAUCCAUAUAACGGAUCACCUCGUCUCUGGUUUGGAGCGUGGCCUUCGAUGGACUCUCAAUCCUUUAUCCGAGAGUGUUCAAAUGGACGAAGAUCUAGUGGGGAAGGUGUCUUCCAUUACUUGUACUGUUUCGACGCGGCAAGUGCAUUUGCAAACGAUCAGGAAGUACCUGACAAACUUGUGGACCCAUCUGCGCCGCACGACAUGCUCAUGA